UUCAUAUAACACAAGGAGAUCUUGUAGGAAAAGCUGUAAUAGUCUCAUGGGUCACAAUGGAUGAACCGGGUUCAAGCACAGUCCUUUACUGGCCUCAAAACAGCACCCAAAAGGACCAAGCUGUAGGCCAAUAUUCAAGUUACAAGUACUACAAUUACACUUCUGGUUACAUUCAUCAUUGCACCCUUGAGAGCUUAGAGUUUAAUACGACGUACUACUAUGAAGUUGGAAUUGGUCAUACUACUAGGACAUUUUGGUUUGUAACCCCCCCUGAGAUCGGCCCUGAUGUGCCCUAUACCUUUGGGAUAAUCGGGGAUCUGGGUCAAACGUAUGAUUCCAAUACUACGCUUACACAUUAUGAAAUGAACCCGGUGAAAGGGGAGACAGUGUUGUAUGUUGGUGACUUGUCUUAUGCCGAUCAUUAUACAUACCAUGAUAAUCGUAGGUGGGAUAGUUGGGGCAGGUUCGUUGAAAGGAGUGUUGCUUAUCAACCUUGGAUUUGGACUGCUGGAAAUCAUGAACUCGAUUAUGGUCCUUCCUUUGGUGAAAAGGUACCAUUUAAGCCUUUUCUUCACCGAUAUAGCAUCCCCUUUGAAGCAUCAAAUAGCACAGAACCCCUUUGGUACUCAAUAAAGAGAGCAUCAGCACAUAUCAUUGUAUUGUCUUCCUAUUCAGCAUAUGGAACAUACACUCCUCAAUAUAUGUGGCUUAUGGAUGAGCUACCAAAGGUUAAUAGAAGUGAAACACCAUGGUUGAUUGUUCUUAUGCAUUCACCUUGGUACAAUAGCAACACGUACCAUUACAUGGAAGGCGAGACCAUGCGCGUUAUGUUUGAGCCAUGGUUUGUUGAGCACAAGGUUGAUGUUGUGUUUGCAGGUCAUGUUCAUGCUUAUGAACGCUCGGAGCGUAUAUCAAACAUUGCAUAUAACAUUGUGAAUGGGGAAUGCACUCCUGUCCAUGACCAAAAUGCCCCUGUUUACAUCACUAUUGGGGAUGGAGGCAACAUUGAAGGCUUGGCAACCCUCAUGACAGAGCCACAACCAAAAUAUUCAGCAUUCAGAGAAGCGAGUUUUGGUCACGCGACAAUAGAGAUCAAAAAUCGAACACAUGCUUAUUAUAGUUGGCAUCGAAAUGCUGAUGGAUAUGCAGUUAAAUCAGAUUCUAUGACGUUUUUCAACAGAUAUUGGUACCCAAAGAAUGAAUCCAUGAUCCAAACUUAACCUCAAUCCUAUAACAUCAUCUCUCAGAUUUCUAAGCAAAUAAACAAUUGAGAGUUCAGUGUUUAAUUCAUGAAUUGAUACACCAGUACACCACAUGUAUAACUUUUGUGUAAUACUAGCUUUAAUGAAAUUGUUCAAUUUUCACAUUA